AUGUUGCCACACAAACUCUUCAUCUUGGUCGUGGGUUUUAUUUGUCCAGUCUUUGCCAGUGCUAUACCAUCCCUAGUACUUGCACGUUCUGAUUUGACGAGCCGCAAGCCGCGUGAAGAUUACUGCACUGAUGCUAUCGAGCAAUACAGUACAAACGAAGCAAACUGGAUGAAAUUCCGCCAUUGUCUCUGGGUGAACCCUGAGACCAAGGUCGCUGAGCUGUUUACCUACAUUGAUGACGUUAUGUACAAAAAAUUCCUUGUUUGGCAGCGGCCAUCUGAUUACGAUUGGAGAGUGAUGGCGCACUGGCGGGGUGAUAUACUUGUCCAAGACUCUGGGAAAGCAUCUGGCACAUGGGUUAAGAACAACAUUGGGGUAAUCGACGACUCAAUUAAGCCCGGACGCCACCAAUGGUAUAUCACGCUGUUCAUCUCCAUGGAGUAUGGUCAAGGCCUGAAUUCCAACCGCGAGUUUACCUUUGACAUUGACUCUGAGUAG